AUGUUACAGAUUUUCAAGAGACAUAAAAAGAAGCGCUCCUCCCAGGCAUCCGUAGAUUCUCAAGAUCUUAAUAGACGCUCAGCUUCCAUCGCAUCUAUCGAGACCGACGUAACCUCGUCUCCUCCCUCCACGAAGUAUUCAUCUUCGCCGCCGUCUUUGCCAGUCACCAAAGGUCGACCCUCUCCGGCACAAAUCAGCUACUCCACCUCGGCAGUACCUGAGCUUAAUCCCCAACCAUCACCAGAACCUAUUGUUCGACCUAGUCCAGUGAUAAGGAACACCUUACCACUCACAGAGUCAAUACCUUCGGUCUCGCCUGCAUCUUCUCGUGUUGCUCCUACAACACCCACACCAGCUCGCCGUAACACGGAGCUAAUCUUUGACCUGUCUCCGCAGCCAGACAGUCCUCCUUCGCCAUCCCCCAUCCGUUUCUCAGUGAGCUCCAGCAUCUCAUCUGAGUCCGUUGUUACCAUCAAAUCUCCACAACCUCCAUCGCCUAUCAUGCAAUCGCCCAGACCCACGUCGUCUAGGCAACAGACCAACGGCGCGAACGGUUCAUCUGCGGUGUUCUCUCCUCCACAGUCACCUCAAGCCCUCUUUCGCACAAAGGGUCGUCUCCCAUCAUUCACCUCUUCUCGCGCUACCAGCGGAAACUUCAGCAUGAUGAAGUCGUCGUUCAACAACUUGAAGCGAGGAAACGGCAACCAGUACCAAACAUCCAUGGUCCAGGACUCGGCAGCCUCUCUCCGGAAGAAGAGCAUGGCCGAGCUGGGCGCUGGUGUGUUUCAGAGCAUCGGCAACGUCUCUUACGUUGCCUUCCUGGAAUGGAUCAGAUCUGAACGCCUGACCACUCUCCCUCACAAGGGCAGUCGCUGGGACAAAGUUUUGAUCCGCGCUCUGUACUUCGCUGAGCAGCUUCACAAAUUCGAGCAAGCUGUCAAACCAUUUGCUCAGGACAGCAGCUCGGCAGCUACCAUCGGAUAUGGACAUGCGCAGCUCCUUCUCGAGCUGAGCCACCACAACUCCGAGGCUCUUGACAAGGCCUUCUCCGUCUUCUACAAGUUCGCCAUGUCAUUCCAGUCGGUUCUGCAUCGCUCAGAGCUGUUGACAUCAGGUAGCUCAGAGAUCCGCGAGCAAAUCUGCUUGUUGUACACAGACCUCAUCACUCUCGUAGUAGACGUGGCCAUCAAGUUCUACAAGACCGUCAAGGGCAUGACUCCCGGCCGAACAACGCUUGACAUCUUUGAGCUCUUCGGUGAGACCAUUGAUGCUUUCCGUACUCGCCAGAACACCGUCGUCGAGUUGAUCUGGCAGUCCCAGAUCGAAGGCGGAGAGUUCGAAGAGGGUGAGGCUAUUGGUGUUCAGCACUUGAGCCGCUGGUUGGCUUCGCAAGACCGUGUCAUUGCCGCCAUCACCAGAGACCACGAGACAUAUGUUGACAACCAAGCCGAGUUCACUUGCCUCUGGUUCAACAAGCACAUGACCAGGUUUUUCCAGAGCGAGAACAAGGUCUUCCUUGUUACGGGUCAGUCGGGCGCUGGAAAGACGACAUUGGCGGGAUCGAUUGUCGAGCGAUUGCAGCGACCUAUGAACAAGAAGCAGUACGACACACUCUUCUGUUCGCUGUCGCCUGACAUCCCGACUGCUGCUACAUCUUUGGCAGUAGUGAAGUCGCUCUUGUACCAAUUGCUUAACCUUCGUAUUGGUAACAUGGGUGUGUACCACGCUCUUUUCAAUGCCUACAACCGAUGCAGAGGCACCGAUGAUAUCAAGGCCUACGAAGAGACCAUGUGGCAGGCACUGGGUGAGGCUCUCCAGCAGCCAGUAUCUGGUAGCAACGAGUUGGUUAUGGUUGUCGACGGUCUUGAUGAGAUCGCAGCCUCCAACAGCGCCUCUGUUCAAGCUAUGGGUGGUUUCAGCCCAGCUGAUCUGCUUGAGAGGCUGGCUAAGGUGACUCAACAAGGCCACGGAGUCAGACUCAUCACAUUGUCAUCUUCCAUGAAGAUGCCAACUUCGGCCAAGGGAGUUCAGCACCAGAUCGUCAAGGAGGACGUUCGAGACGACCUUCACGCCGUUGCCCUACGUGCUUUGAUCCACAACCACCACUUCCACGGUCAGCGUCCUUUCGACCAAGAGCAACUAUUGGACCGCAUCAUCACCAUGUCUAACGGAUCUUUCCUCCAUGUCACUUUGACUUGUGAGUUGCUGAACACUCAGAAGUCACCAGAUGCGUUGAUCAAGACUCUGGAGAGCUUUGAGUCGUCGAAGCCGUCCGUUCAGGACCUCACUCUCAAGCUCUUUACCGCCCUCAACCCCACCAACGAGGCAAAGACUUUGUUGUCAUGGGUCUUGGCUGCUGAGCGACCUCUCACAAUCGAUGAGAUCAACACCUUGUUCUCAGUCGACGUGCAACGCAGCACUGUGACCGACAAGGGUGUCAACACGAACGAGAUCUUCAGGACGCUUGAGCCGCUGUUUACUCUGCACCAACGCAUUGUUCGUUUCAAGCAUCCCGUUAUCCACUCUACCCUUCAUGACUUCUCCGCCAACGGAAAGAUUCCCAUUCCUCUGAAGGACAGUGAGACCGACAUGCUUCUCAGGGUUCUUGCUUACACCAAGCACACCCUGAAGGACCACAACACCGAACCUACCUUCGACACAUUCGAUCCUACCACUCCCGACAGGCUGUUCAGGAGACAUCCCUUCCUCGAGUACGCGGUACGCUACUGGGUUCUGCAUCUUCAGCAGUCUCCAUUGGCUCCAAAGUCCACUGGCGAGUUCAAGCCUACUGCCGAGCUUCAGAAGGUAUUCCCCGACAGCACCAUGUUCCCCAUCUUGGAGUCUUACUGCUGGGACACCCAACUUCCCAUCCCCGAGGCUUUGGAUCUGCAAAAGCUUGUGGUCGUUCUCCGCAAGAGCACCCUCCCAGAAAACCACCCUGGUCUUCUCCAGACGUACCUGUCCAUCGCCACGAGCUACCUGCUCAUCUCCAACAUCCCGGAAGCAACCAAGUACCUCUACUUGUGCACCUUCGUCAGCCGCAAGGUCUUGUCUGACAUGCACCCGUUGACUCUGGAGUGUGCUAGUCAGUUCUUGAAGAUCACUGAGACCCAGACUACCACCACGAGGACUGAGAUCAUGACUCAUCGCGAGGAGAUCCUCAAGGUUCUGAUCACGACUUAUGAGCGCCAGUACGGAAGCACUUCUGAGCUAGUCAUUGAGACUCGCAAGCUUCUCGCUCAGCUCUACGCCAAUAUCAACGAAGAGGAAAAGUCUAUCGAGAUCUACCGUCUCAUCCAGGAUGCAACCAUCCAGCUUUACGGCAGGGACUCGCACCAGGCCCAUGACAUCAAUGAUCACCUCAAGCUCACACUCAGAAAGGACACAGGCGAUGGCGAGCUUGACCUCUACGACGACAUUUUUGAUGAUGAGCACGAGGAAGAGGAGAUAGUUGAGGCCCUCACCAUCUCCACUAUCAACGCUCAGUUGAUCCAGAUCCAGAAGCUUCUCUCCAUGAAGAGAUUUGCGGAGGCUGAAAGGAUGUACGUCGAGCUUUGGAUGGAAGUCUCUUCCAAGUGCCGCACAGUCCAAUCUGUGGAAUGGCAUGAGAAGAACAUUGAGAUCGCCACCUCUUAUGCUCAGUUCUUGAAGAACCAGAAGCGCACCAGCGAGUCUACCGCCAUUCUGUCUUCAGUCUGGCAGCAGUACGAGUCGCACCAGCUGUCCUUCGCAAACAGCAUCGUGUCGCGCUUGUUGACUGUCGGCAAGGAGAUGCGAAGUAUGAACGCACAUUCGCAAGCGCUCUCGAUCUUCAAGUUCGCCCAUUCUUACCACAAGAACAUGAGCUCUCAGGAGACCAGUGAGUCGCGCGAGGUCAGCCAGCAGUUGUCUGAGACUUCCAAGGAGCUCGUUCAGCACAGCUUGAACCACACUGGAACUACCACUACGACGACUGUAUCGGAAUCUGUCUACCAGGAUGUAUUCUUCUCAACCAUCGCAAGCUCCAAGACUGUCGAGGCAAGCACCAUGUCGCUCGCCAGGCAGCUUGUCACCCAACACAUGGCGAAGAAGAACUACACCGCUGCCAUCAACGUCAUUCACGCGACUCUGCAGCGCACUUGGUCCUCAUUCCUUGCCAACUCCAUCCAUGAUGUCACAAUGGCGACUGUGUUCACCCAAGAGUCGAUUGAGCUCGUCGAGCGCCUCGCGGAGUGCUACCUGCAAACGCGCCAGCUGGACAAGGUUGACGAUGUGUACAACCGCUUCUUCCGCGCGGUCUUGGUCACUGAGAAGGUCGACAAGGCCACCUUCGAGAGGUCGAAGAACCUGUUGAUCAACUUCUACGACAAACACGGCUACGCCGACAAGGCUAUCAGCACGUACCAGGAGAUCUUGGUUGUGUACCGCGCACGUCUCGGUCACACCCACGAGCUCACCAUCCAGACCUUGUACAUCUUGGCCCAGAGAUGCCGUAGCCACCCUCGCAACCACGGCUACUGGCUCGACUACUACCUGCAGAUUAUCACUGCUCUCAACAAAGACUCUGAUGUCUGCCACAAGGACGCACUUGACGCCAUGCUGGUAGUCACUGUCACCUACUGGGAAGACCGUAGGUACGCAGAGGCAGUUACCUUCUACGGAGUCUUGUGGAACACCUUCGUCCGUCAGACCAAGCAGCACAAGGUCUUCACCGACGUCAAGUUUGUCGAGACUCUGUACGAGCGAUACUACCAGUGUCUGGAGGAGACCAAGGCCAACUGGUCUGAGCUCUACAAGGUUACCAAGGAGUACCGCGAGACUGCCAUUGCCGUCUUCGGUGCUGAGUCGACCACUGCUAUCAGCGCAACUCUCGCACUUGCACAGGUUGCUCAGAGCAGCGAGGCGCACAUGUCUGAGGCUAUCGCUCUCUACGAGGCGGUGCAGCAGUCAGGCAAGCAGGUGACGACCACCACCAGCACCACGGAGAUCAACCAAGCGUUGUCAUCUCUCUACGUCAAGCAGAUGCACUCUUCGCUCUCCAGCAACAUGAAGGCUGAGACUGUCCAGCGUGCUCUGAGCAUGUCUGAGUCGCAGUUCCAGCAGUCUACCCGCGAGAACGGCUACAGCCACGAGUCCUCGCUCACUAGCUUGAGGGAGCUUGCGUCUUUGUACUCGCGCCAGCAGAAGUCAGACCUCGCUGUCAAGCAGAUCUCCAAGGCUGUUUCCGAGAUUGUUUCCAAGGAGACUUCGUCGCAGAAGCAGAUUGAGUCGGCCAAGUCUAUCGCCGCCACCCUCCAGGCCAUCGAGCAGACCAGCACUGCUCACGCCAUGGUUCAAGAGCUUCAUCGUCAAAUCUGCGCCAAGGAUGCACGCAACGCUUCUAAGUGGUCGUUCGACUUGACCAAGAGCAGCCGCACCGCGAUCGCCUUCCUAGCGUCUCUCCAGUACAGCCUGCGUAGGGAUCUCAGCAUUGGCUUCUCGGAGAUCUACGCUGAUCUGACCAUGGAGUACAUCUACUGGGUGCAGUUCCACUCGACUCUGGAAAACAACGAGAGCCUUACCAACAUUCUGCUCGCUGCCGCUCCUCUCCGCUACUUCCUGCGCCGCAACGAUCAGCAAGACAUGAUCACGGUUGUCGAGGAGCAGGCCGUUGGUCUGUUCGUCAAGCGUGACGCCCAGGACCUGAAGGACUUCAGCAAGGAGUCGCCACGUAUCUUCAUCAUUGGCAUCCUUGACUAUCUCGGCCACGGACGCAACAAGAACUUCAACCGCGCCGUCAUUCUCUCCAGCAAUGAUAGCGUCGCCAAGCUCACCAAGGCGAAGAAGUUCCACGAGGCAUACGACAUUGCCAACCUCGGCUUCCUCUUUGCUCGCAAGCACGACGGCUACAACGGUCCUCGUGCUAUCAGCAUGGGCUUCAAGCUCGCCUCUCUGCUCGUCGGCCGCGACGGCGAGAAGUGCCCCGACGCUACUCUCCGCAAGAAGAUGCUGGACCUCUCGAACCGCAUCGUCAAGCAGAUCUUCGAGAUUUGCAAGACCCUCAAGAUCAACUUCGCCCAAGUCCAGCUCUACGAGCUCAGCCACCUGUCUGCUCUGCUCGGCGAGCAGGAAGACUACGAGACCCUCGAGUGGCUCCUCACCACUCUCUGGCAAACCCGCGACGCUCAGCGCUCAUGGCCCUCCGAAGUCCUGCUCAACCUCGGUCGCCGCCUCAUCUGCGCCCGCUACCUGGCCAACCACCAAGUCAAGGCCAUCCGCCUCGCCGAAGACAUCGCCUACAACAUGCGCCGUGCCCACGGUCCCCGCGCCCCUGUCACCAUCGAGACGUACGAGCUCCUCGCUCAGCUCUACACCUCCACCGGCCACGCCUACCAAGCCCAAGCCGCCAAGGGCGAGAAGACCGCCAGCCUCGCAGCCGACUACUUCAAGAAGGCCAUCAGCGUGCACGAAGACAUCCUCCGCGUCCUCGUCAACGACCAAACCUCCGCAUCCAACGACUCGGACGACGAAGACGACACCACCGCCGAGCUCCUCGCUCGCGAAGGCGUCAACGUCCAGAACUCACCCAACUCGCCUCGUCCCGCGGCCGUCGACUCAAACACACUCGACAAGUCCGCCACUGCGCUCAAGCACUUGCACCUCCUCAAGUUGGCGUACCAGCGCUACGGCGGAUGGCCCAAGAGCUACAACGAGUACGAGCACCUCAAUGCUCAGCUCUUCCGUCUGUUCGGCGCAGAGGCCAAGUGGAAGGGUGUCGAGGGCACCGAGAAGUGGGAUGCGAAGACCUUUGGUGCUGGCAAGGCGGAGAGCCAGGAGGGUGGCUUCCGCGGUAUUGCCGACUGGAGCCUUGGCAGUGAGGAGCUGGUUUCUGUUGGCCAUGGACAUGGUCAGGGACAGCAUGGUGCUAUGGUUGGUAAUGGUGUUGUUGCUCCGCUCAAGACUCACAUCGACUACUAG